AUGCACAAAAGCAUUAUUGUCGGGUUGUUGUUAUAUUGGUUUAGUGAGUUCCAGUACUCAAAUUCAUCAGAAUCAAUAGUACUGUCGAACCUAGACACGCAAUGUCUGAGAUGUAUUUGUCACGCGGCUACAGAGUGCGACUUGGCCAGAACCUGCAUCCAGGGAUACUGCGGCCCAUUUAAAAUCAGCCAUAUUUACUGGAUCGAUGCUGGCAAAGUGAUAUUACCCGGAGACGAUAUCGAAAGACCUACUGCCUACGAAGAUUGCAUGUUGUCGUUCAACUGCUCAAUGCAAAUUGUGACCAAUUACAUGAGCAAAUUCGGCAGGGAUUGCAAUGGGGAUGGAGUUACAGAUUGCAGAGAUUACAUGAUGGUACAUUUCAAUGGGGGAGGGCAUUGCGAGUUGGAUUUGAACAGGAAGGAGACUGGAAGAGAAGUACUGAGGAAGUACCACAUGUGCGAUCCAAAUCCAAAGUAUAUUACGCAAUAAAAACCCUUAAGAAAUAUUGUUUUAUUAAUUUCGGACAAUCAUCGUCACUAAAUUGCUAUUGAAACUUUAACAUUGUUAUUUAACUCUACCAGGCAUUAAAUCUAUUAUUAUAUUAUGCAAUUGAACAUUUUGAAGUACCAAAGUGUUAAUAAUUACCAGUGUUGCCAACUGCGAAUCAACUAUUAUAGUAUAGAACGCUAUAAAAUUAAAGUACAUUUGUACAAAUUAUAGUAUCCUGCAGGAGACAGAUGAUCAUCAAUUGUAGUGGGACACACAGAGAUCGAACUAUUAUGAAAUUUUCUGGACAAAACGAGAAAAGUCAAGGGCGUAUCAUACUAAAAUUUCAAAUUUUUCAAAUAAAAAAUAACCCCAUUGGAAAUUAAUGAAAAUCAAUUAAAUUAGGCAUUAAUGCACCAUCUUAUUAUUUUAUUUUUUUUCUGGAAAACUAUUCAAAGGAAAAUUAUGAAAUUUUCUGGACAAAACGAAAAGAGUCAGGAGCGUAUCAUAGUAAAAUUUCAAAGUUUUCCAGUUUAA